GAUUCGCGUUCGCUCCACGGCUAUUACGGCGCUAGAUAGGGCAGUGCAGGGUUGAAUGGACCUGAAUGACAAAACACUUUCCACUCCCACCUCACCUUCGGUCUCACUUCUUCGUUCAGUCUACCCUACUUACUCCCUCUGUCACUCACUCUUUCCUUUCGCCAUCAUCCAGGUAUCUUCCUGCCUGUCGUUUUGUUUCUUCUUCCUCCUUCCUUUCCUUCUAGAUUGUUGCUCUUAGGUUCCUUCUUCCUUCAACUUCCCUUAUCGACGGAUUGUUGCGCACUCGGCCUUCUUCCGGCGUCCGAAAACUAUCCCCGCGAACCAAACGAAAUUUCACCAAGCAAUCGAUCCAGAUGUGUCAUUCUUGACUACCACCACUUCUUGUUCUCUUCACUGCUUCAAUUUUUUUUUUUUCCUUCCUUCCGGGCUGCUUGUCGGCUGGUGAACGAACAAGAACGACAACGAAAUUCGAUAUUCCAGCUUUAAGCGCCAUAGCAUUUUCAGAGAUCGAUACCAACGAAGACACCCGCGGCGCGCGAGCUGACCAACCUACCUGCCCGCUCCGGCCCCUCCCUCCCUCCCUUCGAACACCCAAUUUCGGCUGCGCAAUUUGGCAACGUAGUCAAAUCAAUCUGAAGUCUCACAGCACGGAAUGCGCUGUUGAAUGACGGGCUUUGUUUUUUUUGUUUUGUUUUUUUUUGUGCAAAGGACGAGUCCAACGGGACGAGUUGGAAUUUGCUGCUAGGGGGAGGACUGAGUGUUACUCGCAUACCUCACUUUCUGCAUCCUACAUACCUAUUAUAUCGAUAGGUUGCUGGUCAUUACGUUCGGGACAUCGCAUUGCGCCCGGCAAGCAACUCUGACGCGCAUGAAAUUAAGUUGGAAACAUCCGAUUAUAACGAGACGUUUGAUGCGACGAAUUUCUUGAAAAGAAGGAAGGCUUAACGGAAGUUUCUCGAAGUAUACUAUUCAUCAACGAAUUGCGAUUUGCCUUUUGCUCUGGUCUACUACCUACGUAUCCAACACGAUCCUGCGGCCUUUGCAAAUUCGCCGAAUCUUUUCUACCCAUAAACCACGACUUUUUCCGACCAAAACAGAAAACGAAAAGAGUAUUAUUGCUUGCGCCAAAAACGGCCGCGCAAGCCGAUAAUCGCCCAUCAUGGGUUCCUCAUUCUGCAACACCACGUUGGAGGAAUUACGAAUCCACCCUGGCGAUGAACGUCCCAUAGCCGGCCCCCUAACCUUUCACUCCCUCGCCCUCAUAAUCGCCGCUGCCUCGACCCUGGUAGCCAUAGCUAUGAGCUUCUACCUGAUCAUGCGACACGCGACCAACUACACCGUUCCCAACGAGCAGAAGCAAAUCAUGCGUAUUUUAUUCAUGGUCCCAAUCUACGCCUGCUCCUCCUUCUUGUCCUUACGCUACUACUACCACGCCAUCUACUUCCAAGUCAUCAGCGACUGCUACGAGGCCUUUGCCAUUAGCUCCUUCUUCAGCUUGAUGUGCCACUACAUCGCGCCCGAUUUGCAUUCGCAAAAGGACUACUUCCGCGAGAUGCAGCCUAUUAAAGAUUGGGUGUUCCCGCUGAACUGGAUGGCCAAGUGCUGUGGUGGCCAAAGGAAGGGUCCCUGGAGGACGCCGAGGAGUGGGCUGACCUGGUUUAACAUUAUCUGGAUUGGCGUGUAUCAUUACUGCUUUGUGAGAGUGGCCAUGACGGUUGCGGCGGUCUUGAGUCAGUAUUAUGGACGGUAUUGCGAGAGUAGUAAUUCGCCCAUGUUUGGGCAUAUUUGGAUAACAGCAAUCCAAUCCAUCGCCGUCACCAUCGCCAUGUACGCCCUCAUCCAAUUCUACGUCCAGUUGCGCUCCACCCCGCAACUCUCCCCGCACAAACCCUUCCUCAAAGUCCUCGCCAUCAAACUCGUCAUCUUCCUCUCCUUCUGGCAAUCCGUCGCCAUCUCAGUAGCCACCUCGGAAACCAUUCACAUCGUCGAACCCAACUCCAUCUUGGCCUAUCCCGACAUCAAAGUCGGCAUCCCCUCCUUACUCCUCUGUUUCGAAAUGGCCUGUUUCGCCAUCCUGCAUCUCUGGGCCUUCCCCUACAAACCAUACACCACCGCCCGCGGCAGUGAUCUAGCUUUCACCGGCCCUGCCCCAAAACACGGUGGACCCAUGGGCAUCCUCGCCCUCUGGGACGCCAUCAACAUCUGGGACGUGGUCAAGGGGUUCGGCCGAGGCAUCCGGUGGUUAUUCGUGGGCGUCAAGAAGCGCGAGCGCGACGUGAGUUAUCUCCAUCUGGACAAGGAAAGUCAUCCGCUGGGAAACAGCAUUCCGCUGCGGGGCGCCAGCACCAGCACCCGAGGGAGACAAAAGAGCAGCGACUCGUCCAUGACGACCAUGAGCGAGGUGGAUAUUCAUAAUCAUCAACAUCAUCGACAGGAUACAAUGACGGGAGUGGGAAUAGGAGUAGCAAUAGGAGGGGACUUGGAAGCGCCGGCGCAGGCGCAUCAGCACCAUUAUGCACAUGGGGUGGUGUAUGGACAUGAUGGGCAUGGGCGCGUACCCGAUACGAGUUAUAGAGGUGCCCAUGCGGCGGUGAGGACGGAAAGCUUUGAUAGCUUGGAUUUGGGUGCGGGGGGAGGAAUAGGCAUGCCGAGGGCGGCGGAGUAUGAGCGACGAGGAAGAAGCGGGUCUGCUGCUUCGGUUGAUGAGCAUCAUUAUUAUGAGGGUCGCAACGCUGGUGGUGGUAGCGGUGGGGGUACGAUGACGUAUCAUAGGGGACCAGGAGUGUACAGAAACCAGAGCAGCGGGUACUAUGAUCCUCUGCCUGGGCCACGAGAUGAGGAUGACAGUGUUGGACUGGUGAGGCAUGCGCCAUAUCCGUAUGGAGGUCAGAGUGGCUAUCGAUAGGCCUGAGGAGGAAUCAUUUUCAUGAGCAAUUUGCAUUUUUAUGUUAUAUACCAUUUCGUGCAGCAGGGUAUCAAUCAGUUUAGAUUGCAUUGAAACACUUUUGAGACCAUA